GUCGGUUUUGCGCGAUUGCGUUGCGGCUAGGACUAGGAGUUAUGGGGCAGCCGGCGACGGCAGCUACCGGCAAUUGAUGUCAACACAAGCGAAGACAAUCGAGCAGUCCGGUGAGGAUCAGACGAUUCGGAGGAGCAAACAAUCAGAAUGGCGGCGAGGGUCUGGAUGGCAAGCCACGUCGUCGAGCCGUGUGAUGGGAGGAUGGAGGAGUAGUGGCGCCGGAAUAAGAGAAGAAGGAGCGGUUGACCGGCUCUGCUAGCCCAAGCCCACUCUCCAAUUGCAGGG